ACAAACCUGACCUCCUGAGGAAUCUGGUGCCUUUCUUCCCCCCUCCUUACAUCUCAGAGAACUGCAACAAUCGGGUAAACAUGAAGCCCAAGUCUCUUCCAUCCAGGCUGUUUCAGAGAGAUUCACCUGCAACAGCAUCAGGCAAGAGUCCCAGCAGAAGUGCAGCAAAGUAUGAGCGGCAUGUGGACUGCGUUGAUCACCCAGAGCUGCUGGAUCCAUCUUUGUCCAACGACGGGCAGCAAACAGCUGACAGCAACAGGCAACACGAGAAGUGCCACAGAGAAACACUUUUCGCCUUCCUGCCAGAGAGGUACGAGCCACUGGUGGAUGAUGAGGCGAAAGCCAAGGCAAAAGAAGAGAAGAAGAAAAAGAAGAAGGAAAACUACAAAAAAGUCAAGAAGAGUCAGUGUGGAAUGUCGGCAAGGCGCUGCGUUCCACAUGGAAAUGUUUGAUGCUUGGUCUCUACAGCUUUGCUCUCGGAUACUCCACUCCCAUCACGGUGGCUGCUACUUUUGUCCCUGACUUUCACCCGAGCAGGAACAGGACCUGAUUCGAGCUCUGUCGAUCUCCUCCACUUUGUUUUCAUACUAUAUAUACCAGUAACUCGCAGACUCUUACCAAAGACUUUAAAAAUGUGAAUAAUGAUUGUGCAAUUCAGAUUACAUUUUCAAAUUCCCUGCUUUUGCAGAUCUUACAAGAUCUACUGCAUGGUCAUAUUUGCAGAAAUAUGCAAGAUCAUAAAAUCUUAUUAAGUAUUAGGUUAAAUACUGAAAACACUUGUUUUUAAAUCAAGUGUCUGCAUGUGUUCAAAGGGAUUAUGUGGGCAUGUGGAAACUAUAGCAGGGCAGCAAUAACAGGAAUAUUCACCGUAGCUGCAGGUGAGGUGAGUCAAGCCAGAGACCUCUUUAAGGGAUUUGCAAGCAGGAAAGACUCAACAAGGAGGUGAUUAUCAGUAAUACUGGAAGAGCAAGUAAACAGAAAGGAACCGGCCCAGUCCUUUUCUGGGUGGCACAACUUAGGUGCUUUUUGGUGUACAAAUUCUGCUGUGAAACUAAACUUAACAAACACAAAAUGAAAUAAGACUGAAACCAAAAAUGAAAACUAACAAAAUAAAUAUUUUUUUUACUUUCAAAACUAGUAGUAAUAGUUUUAAUAGUUAAAAUCUUUUUUGCAAAUUUGAGAACACAAGUAUGAGGAGGUUUUUCAUUUUGGGUGUUUUGGUGGGUGGUGGGCGGCUACAUGACUUUUACGGUCAAAAGCCUUUACAAAAACAGAAAGCUAACUAAAUAAGAUACAAUUUUAAAAAAACAACAACAAAUUAAAUAAACUAAUAUAAAUUAAAAAACAAAAAUAGAACUUUGCUGUAAAUACUGUAAUGUGACGCCCAAGAUUUGAAGAAUUCUCUGCUUGGAACAAAAUAUUCUGACUUUUAAGAUAUUUUUAAAGAUGUGUGUAGAUUUGAUCAUUUGUAAAUUAUUAAUUAUUCAUGAUGUUUGUACUUUUGAUUAAAAUAAAGCAUUACUAGGAAUGCA